AUGGCUCAAUUUCAGGUGGGCGCUUCCCGUUGUCCUGCUGGAGCCUUGCCAGGUCGGGGUAACCUCUCCUCCCCCCGGCUCCCACCCACGUGCCAGUGCCCACACAAAACCAGCACCCCUGGGAGUGGGGUGGAGCUGCAGCACAGCGAGCGGAGCUGCCGGCAGGGCCAUGGGAAGACCAGCUCCUACAUCGGCUCCAGCAUCGUGACAGCCGUGAGCUUCACCAAGGGGCUGUGGAUGGAGUGCGCCACAUACAGCACAGGCAUCACCCAGUGCGACAUCUACAGCUCCCUACUCAACCUACCUGCCAACGUCCAGGCGGCCCAAGCCCUGAUGGUGAGCUCCUGUGCCAUCUCCUCCCUUGCCUGCCUCCUCACCGUCAUGGGCAUGAGGUGCACCGUCUUCAGCCAGGGCUCGCCAAGCAAGGACCGGGUGGCGGUAGCAGGCGGCGCGGUCUUCAUCCUCGGGGGGCUGCUCUGCUUCAUCCCAUUGGUGUGGAACAUCCAUGUGGUGCUGCAGGAUUUCCGCAACCCCGUCCUCCCUGACAGCAUGAAGUUUGAGCUCGGGGAGGCGCUUUACCUGGGCAUCAUCUCCUCCCUCCUCUCCCUUGUUGGCGGCUUCAUCCUCUGCACCUCCUGCCCUGCCCGGGACCCAACGGCCACCUACACAAGCACCUACCAGCCCCGGCUGCUGGUGGGCAAGAGCCCCCGGCCCUCUGUCAGCCAGAUGCAGAAGACCAAGAGCGAGCUCAACUCCUACAACCUGACAGGAUAUGUGUAG